AUGAAUAACUAGUUGUUUACCUAUGGGAAAAAUAGUAUAAGAAAACAUAACUUGGAGAAAAGAAAAUUAUAAACAAUAUUUUUUCCAAACAAAUGGAAUUUUCAUUAUUUUUUUAAUUUGAUGAAAGAUUGUCAACAGUUUAUUAUAGCAUGUGUAUCUGAAAUAGAUCAUUCUUGGAUAAUAAAAUUAUUAGUAUUGUUAGCAAAUGGAGGUAGAAAAAUAUAUUUGAUAAUGGAUUGUAAGGAAAAUUAAAAAAAUGAUGAAUAAUUUUAAGCAGUUAUUUGUGAAUUGCUAAUAGAGAGUUAAUUUAGAAUUAAAAUUGUUGUUAACACUAAAAAAUAUGAAAACUUACCUACAAAUUUUUGUGUAAUAGAUGGAAAAGUAUUAAUAACUACUUCUGCUAAUUGGACUAUCAAUUCUUUCAAUAAAUCACAUGAAUGGAUGAUGCUUGACAAAAAAUAUGAUAAUAUUGUAGAAAUGAUAGAAAUAUUUGAAUAAAUGUGGAACUAAUUUAAGUUUGUUACAUUUAUUAAUGAAGAUAUUGCUUUGUUGGAUAAUGAAGAUUCACAAUUUCAAUCAGUAUUUACAUAUUAAUUAGAUUGUAUUGUUGAUACAUUAUGA